UGAGACCUUCUUGCUGCUCUUGGUGGAGGAAGAGUUACUUACCCUUGAAUAACUCUUCCAUGUGGAAAAAACAUUUCACUAAAUGUUAUUGACCCGCCAGAAAAAAUUAUUUUUUUUUGCUCUUCGGGAUAUUCCUUAUUCUACGGCAGCUGAACUAUCUAAGGAAAAUUUAUGUGAGCUAUUACCGUGUUCUAUCAACUGUUCACUCUGGACCAAUGUUCAGUUGACUGUGAUAGAAGAUGGUCGAAAAGAUACAAUGACUUCCCUGACUCAAUCAAAACACAACCUGCCAAUGAUGGUAUUGCAUAAUGUGUAGUUGUUGCAUGCAAGUGCAACAGAAUUGAAGAUAUUUGUUGCCGGAGAAGCUGUGCAAAUGAAUGUCUACAAAUAUCUUAGUAAUACAUUGGUCUUUGUUGAAAUGGAAUUUGAGAGUGACUUAACUGACAACCAUACAAAAUGAGUAAUGAGCUACAAUCCAAGAGAAUGACUCAACUCGGACCAUGUUGCUAAGGAACAUAGGUUUGUGUUGACACUUCACAAAUAUAACAAUUAACAAAUGUAAUCAACAGAACCACAGCAAAAAACAAUAAUAAGUGUUAAUAAUUAUGAUAAUUAUGGUAAUGAUUGCCUCCAUAAAAUCAAUAUUCAUUUAUUACAUAUAAGUAAUAAAAAAUUUAUCCUUUUUGAAACACUAAAUUGACCAAUAGAUAACUAGAAUCUGCUAAUUUAGUGUUUGGAACUGAAAAAUUAUUGCUUACUAAAACUUUACAAAACAAAAAAAAAAAUUGUCAAAAAAUGGGUGCAACUCAUAUUGAAGAUGCUAGUGCUCAACCAGGAAAGCUUUAUACAUGUGAGCACUGUCAAAUGACAUUUUCUCGUCCUGUACACCUGGAGAGGCAUAUGAGAAAUGUUCACUCUCAAGAGAGAGAGUCAGAAUGUAAUAUUUGUCAUAAAUUGUUUCAAAACAAACACUAUUUAUCCGUCCACAUGCUGACUCACAAUGUCAACAAAGAGCUGCAGUGUCCACUUUGCAAGAUGACAUUUAAUAAUUUGGCUACUUUAAACAAACACAAAGAUGCUCACUUAGGUAUUGGUGUGACACAGGCACAGAAAGACAAUCUUAGUAAUUUCCGGCAACCACGAACUAUUGCCAAUCUGUUGGCCAGCAACCAGUCCAGUCGAGGCAACUCAUCGAAUGUGCCCUUAAUUAGUGUAGCUCCUGGCAUUAACAAUGCAAACACUUUGAACUGUGAUUUACGUUCUACAGAUUUGAGGUCAAUGAACAAAAACAAGAGGAAUUUGUUGCCGAAUCAAGUUUCUCUCCAAAAUGCGAUGAGACUUGCAUCAAAUGACACAACUGUUAACUGUGAUCUAACAUCCAGAGACAUCAACUCCCUGAACACAAACCAAACUGUGAGAUUGGCUCAAAAACGCCCCAGUAACAGUGAUAAUGAUGUCAUAGUCACUGGGGUCAGUUCACUGAAGCGACCAUUUCGAUUUCAAAACUUAUCUAAUUCCACAACACCUCAGAAUCGACAGCCCAGUGCAAAUCAACUGUCAAAAGCAGCUGCUAUUUCUCUUUUGUCUCAACAGUUGGCAUCUCAGAAGAACUCCCAGAAUUCCCUGUUACAAAAUCAAAUUCAGGUUCAAAGUUCAUCUACACGCCAGAACUCUACACACAAUCCCUCCGGUAGAAAUAUUACUGAUCGAAUCUAUUUGAUGCCUGAAAAUGGCAACAACAGAAACAUAGUAAGAAUGCAACAGCCUUCAAAUUUUAGGUACAGUCAAAGAAAGCAGUUAGCACAACAGCCAAUUCCAAAUCAGCGUUAUUCCACUAACAGUCUUUAUUCCAAUCCUUUAAAUCAACAGAGUCAAAGAAAUGUUGUUAAUUGCGAUUUAACUCGUUCUGAUCUUGCUACAAUCAGUCAGCGAUCAGGGGCUGCUGCACCAAAUGUGACAUCACAGUUCUCCAAUGGUAGCAAAUCAAACAGUACAGUUAAUUGUGACCUGACAAUUUCUAAUAUCAGUUCAUUGAACCGUAACUACAGACCUAGCAACAACUUGCUUGUAUCAAGAUCAAGAAACUCUGUUUCUCAAAAUAAUCUCCCCUCAAACCGAGUGAGAAGUGCCGUGAAUUUUGAUCUCACUACAGCAGAUAUAAAUUUCCUCAGAAGAAACCGGCGUAUACGUCAAGUAGAAAGAUUAACUGAUGUUGGUGCACCAACAGUGGGUCAAACAUCAAAUACUUUGAACUGUGAUCUGUCUGUUGUUAAUUUGGGUGCCAUGGAACGAAACAAAAUGCCACCAAGCAAUAAUAGUCGAAUUAAUCGGAUAAAUUUAAAUCAGAUCCCAAAACAGGUGCAGAAUACACUCAACUCUGGUCUUAGAGCAAAUAAUUUGAAUGACUGGAACAAACGCAACACAAUAGUAUACCAGCAAAAGAGCAACCAAGUCUUACAAAACCCUACUAGUCACCCAGUGAAUACCCUUAAUUGUGAUCUUACUAGUGUCAAUCUUGGCACUUUGAACCAGCAGCAAGCUGCCAACAAUAGUAAUAUUGUUAACCAAGAGGUUCGUCCAGUUCAGAUUUAUGCAAACAGCAAUGUCCCUCUUAGUUCACUGGUUCGUAAAGACAUAAGUCCAAGAGAAAAUAGUAUGACUGGUACUCCAACUAGCAGCAAUAGUUACCCUGUACAGAUUGUAAGAAACCGAAGUCAUCAGAAACGUGCUGUAAACGUCAACCCAGGAGUAUCUACUUUAAACAAUCCAAAUGCCAUGCUAAUCUCACGACUGAAUCGCCAAAGGAAGAUGCUAGCUACUCCUAACAACAUCCCUGUUAUAGAUCUUGUAGCUGAGGAAGAGAAAACUUCGAAUGUACCUUCAGGAUCAACUGAUGUUGUUCAGUUUGAUUUAACCAAUCCUGACAUCAACAUUAUCAGUUACGAGAAUGGUACCAGCUUGUCUAGUAGUAAGUCGACUUCCAAAAAUGUUGUUGAUAUUGUAGACUUGGAAUCACAUGACAGCUCUGGAAGGCCUCCAGUGUUGAAUAAUCAGGCAUCUGUUGUAGAAUUUGAUCUUUCCAACAAUAACAUCAGAGCAUUUAAUACAAAUCAGAAUCGUAUUCCAAACACAAGUACAAUCAAUUUGAACAGCAAUCUCUGGGCGUCAUCUAACUCCACUAGAAACAACAGCCUAAAUGUUCAGUCUGCUGCUGUAGCCAAUGAAAGUAGUUCAUCAUUGUCAGACAUUACUCUCGUUGACAUCAGAUCUUUAAAACCAUCGGAGGAAGUAACUGAAACUGUAAGCAGGCCUGUUGAUGAAGUCGGUGACAAAUCUUCUGUCUCUGGCAUUACUCUCGUAGAUAUCCGUUCACUGAGUAGUGCUGAGAUUGAAGCCAACUUCCAAACAUCCAACAAAGAACCCUUAACAAUAACAAAUUCUGAAACAUCCCAGAUGUCACAUUCUUCAACAAGAACUGGGAAUGUUUCUGACAAUUAUCAAGUUGGAGACAGCUCACUUACAGCUUCUAAAGUUCCGGCAUUAAAUCCACUAACCCGACCACCAUCUACGAAAGCGAUAAUUACUGUUGAUCUUAGUUCCAUUGAUUUUGAAGACAUUGAUGAGGCUAAACGUACAACACUACAGGCAAGUAAAUCAGUUUCUGAACAAUACGAAGAUGAGAACUUCACUUGCAAAUAUUGUUCAGUAAAAGUCCGUUAUCUCUAUAACUAUAUAUUUCACCUUAAAUCUCAUUUGGAAACAGGGUUUUGCAUCUGCUAUUAUUGCAGUUCUGUGUUUGAAGACUUCCGCAAACUUGUAGUGCAUUUGGUAUCACAUGUAAGCAACCUAAAGAACCAGUGUGUGUUUUGCCGCAAUAUCUUAGUAUCUACCACAAAUCCCAUCCAACACAUGACAGAGUGUGGCGAAUUGCAAUGUGUAAUGUUUGAAGCUGGAUCUUGUGUCAAAACAGAAAAAUCUGAGGAAAAAAAUGACAGCAAGGUGAAGACAAAAACAGACAGUGCAGCAGAAAAAUCUGAGAAAGAAGUGGGUAAUUUGGAAGAAAGACUUUUGGAGGAAGUGGAAAAACAAGCACUUGUAAUACUAGAAAAGGAAGAUGAUGAGAUUGUAAGGGAAGCAAAGGAUGAAAAAAAUACAAAAGGGGAAAGAGAAGAAGAAACAUGUAUUGACUCAGAAUCAAAUAAAUUGAACAAAGAGAAUGCAAAUAAAGAGGAGGUGGAAAUGGAAGUAGAUGGGGUCAGUGCUGGUUCAAAAAAAGAUAAUGGCCAAAAAGGAAAAAGUAGAUUAAUAGAAGAGGAGAAAGAAAAAACAAUGAUAAAAGAGGUAAGGGCAGAAGUAGAGAAACAGGGAACAGGAGAAGUAGCUGAAGAGGAAAGUAAGGAAGGUAGUAAAGAAGAAAAGCUAGAUGAAGAAAGUAUUGAGUGGAAGGUGAAAGAGGAUUUUAACAGAACUGACCAAUUGAUUUCAGAACUUAAUCAAGAUACACUAUAGAGAUAUAGCGAGAGACUGAAAACUUGCAUGGGAAUAUGUAUAUGUAUGUACAUAUAAUAUAGGUGUGUGUGUGUGUACAAACAUGCGUGUAUGCAUACAAGCGUAUGUGUUUGCGUGCGCAAAAGAGAGUAAACAAAUCCUCAGUAGCUAAGAUAUAUGUAUCUGUGUGUAUGCAAGUACAUUCACAGACAUCACAUUCAUUACGUAUCAUUAAAUAUGUCUUAGAUUAUGCUGAUAUAUGUGAUAAUGUAACUGUAUAUUAUUGCACAUAUGCAUGCAAGUGUACUAGUGUCACAUUUGCAUGUGUAUGUAUCUGGAUACUGACACACACACAUGUAUGCACAUGCAUAUAUAUUUACAUAUACAGGUUGGUUCAAAAGUUCCUGUAGCACACACACACACACACACACACACACACACACACACACACAAACCAUCACACAUGUUGAUUCAAAAGUCUGUUUUGGGCAAGCAACUACUAGGUUGUAAAUUUGAUUCAUAGACUGGGCUACAUUUUGUCCAAAUUCUGAAUCUUGAAGAAGACAUUUUCUUGCAUGUUACUUCAGUCUACCCAACUGAAAUGGAUAGCAGUCAAGUGCUUGUGUAGCCUUCUCCCUCUCCAGACAUCACAUCAUGAAUGUCUUGAUAGGUGGAGGGUUGAGAAGGCAUCUUUGUUUGCUCAUUAUAACAUGUUAAAGAAUUAUAUAUAUAUGUAUAUAUAUAUAUAUAAAGAAUUAUAUACACACACACACACACACACACACAUAUAUAUUUAUAUAUCAUUUAAAUGCUAAAGGGACUUCUGAAUCACUCAGUCUGAACAUAAUACACAUACAUAUAAUAAUAAUAUGUAUUUGUGUAUAUAAGUGUGUGUGCAAUCACAUGCAUGCACACACACAAUUUGAUGUGCAUUCUUACCCAGACAAAUGCAUAUACAUGUGCACUUACUAUGCACAUGCUUACAAAAGUGUGUGUUGGGCAUACACUCACAGGUCUGUCACUCUUUAUUCAUGUAUGUAUAUGUCUAUUAGUCUUUUGUGUGUGUAUAUAAUAUAUUUUUGCUAGUAACUGAUACAUCUGGUGCUGGGUUUGAAUGAAAUUAUAAUUUUUUUUGUAAUGGAGCAUCAUGUUAGUUUUGUUAAUAGAUAAAUUCCACUCAUUUCUUAUUUAUUGAAUGCCUGUGUACACACACACACACACACACACUUCUCUCUUUCUCUCUCUCUCUCUAUCUACAUAUAUAUAUGUAUAUAUGUACAUUCUUACAUUCAAAAAUUUAUAUAUAUAUUAUAUACAUUUUAAUUUAUUGUCAUUAUCUUAUAACUUUCUGACAAGUCUUAAAAGCUACAUACACACACACAUAUAUGUAUGUAUAUAUACAUAUAUAAAGAGUAAUGUCUCCUGUGAUGCAAGAGACAACAAUCUAUAAAGGAAGUUGGUUACAGUAAAGGGACACUUGUUUUAACUAUUGUUAUGGAACUUGUGCAUAAGAUAUGAUUUCAUGAAAUAUAUUUUAAAUGCUAUUUUUUUUUUAAAAGUUAAAAAUAUUUUUUACUUAUGAUUGUAAUUCAGUAACACCCCACCCCAAUUUUUUUUCCUGAAAAUCUGUCUACUUUUACAUACGACCAUACAGUCACAUAUACACACUAACAUAUGCACAUACAUAUUUGAAUAUGUAGAGUUGAGAUACCUGGUUAGAAUGUUAUACUUGGAUUAUGCUUCAUUUAGGUUUGGAAUUCAUAUUCUACAGUUGAAAAUACUUUUUAUUGAUUUUAUUCCUUCAAAAGGUGGUCAGCUGGUAGAAUUGUUAGCAUGCUGGACAAAGUGCUUGGCAGCAUUUCAGCCAUCUUUAAAUUCAAAUUCUGCUGAGGCUGACUUUGCCUUUCAUUUUUUCUUUUUUUCUUUUUUUUUUGGGAAUCAGGUAAAAUAAGUACCAGUUGAGUGCUAACCCUUCCUUCAAAAUUCCAGGCCUUGUGCCUGUAUUUGAAAAGACUAAUUUUAUUCCUUUGGUUGUUGAUACUGUUGUUGAUGCUGUUGUUGCUGCUAUCUUCAGUUACCAUUCCUCAAUAUAAUGAAUUAUGCCAUGAGUAGAUGUAACUGAGUUAAAGUGGAAAAGCAACUUCCCACUCAUUCAGUUUCUAGAAUCAGCCCAUCUUUUUAUAUGUAGAUAUAACUCAUCUAGUGUGCUGGUCUGGAACACAUAUAUCAUAUAUCAUUUUUAAAGUCAUUAUAAAGGCAGAUAAUUGGCAGAAUCAGUAGAAUAUUGGACCAAAUACAUUGUGGCACCUGGCUACAUCCUUUUACAUUCUGAGUUCAAAUUGAGCCCAUGACCACUUUGCCUUUCAUCCAUCUGAAAUCAAUGAAAUAUGUGCUCAGGUAAUCGAUUAUAGGAAAUUGUGUCCCAGAAUGGCCACAGUUGAAUCACUGAAAUCAAUAAAAAGAAUGAGAGAAUAUGAUUAGGCAAAACUGUGUAGUUAAGAAGUUUAGUUUGCAACCACAUGGUUUCAGUCUCAGUCACAUUGUAUGUUAUCUGAGGUACAUUUCUUAUACUGUAGCCUCAGAUGACCCAAUAUAUUGUGAAAUUUGGUAGAUAAAAAUUCUCAGAAAAGGGACCAGACAUUCUGCUGGAAAUUAGCAUCCUGUCCAAGAGGAGAGAUUUACGUCACAAAGUCCUAAUGUUAGAGAAACUAGAGCUAAGCAUCCCUAUUUAUCAGCUGCUUGAUUUGUAGAGUCCAUAUAAUGUGUGUUUGUCUCAGUUAAGUCAACAUACUUAAAAAUAUGGUUGGCAAUCAUAAAUUGGAAUGUAUUAUAUAAUUAAAAAAAAAGGCUUAAUUUACUAUCAAGCCAGUUGACUUUGAUAUUGCAGUAUUCCCUAAUAGAGCAUCAUUAAACCUAGCUAGUCUGUUAUUUGUUUCCAGGUAACCUCUGAUUAAGCAGACCUUUUAUCAAAGACUAUCAUUUUUUCCCUCUCAAAUAUAGUAUAUCUAUGACUAAAGUAUCUAAGGUAAGAGAUUUUGCUGUUGUUUCUAGCAGUUCAAGAAACUGCAUAAUGGUCCAAUUAUUGAUGCAGCGAUCAAAUCAGAGCUCCUUUGUUAGCUCAUGUAUCUAUGUCUGGAAUGACCUUGGUGUGAAAGAAAAUUUCACAUCUUGCUUUUUAUUUAUUUAUUUAUUUAUUUAUUUUGAAAUCCUUCAUAUGAAUUAGAAAUAGAUUCUGUUGGUGGCAAGAUCAAAUUCAAGAAGAGUUAUUUACCUUACCCAAAGGCAUAAUGGCUGUAUUAUAUAGCUUUCAUUUUAUAACUAUAUGGUUAUUACUCUAGCACAUUAACUUCAGUAAAUAGAUACAUCCAUACUAUAUAUAUAUAUAUAUUUGGGGUGCUGUAUUUGUUGGCACAGUUGUUUUGACAGCUGCAUAUACCCCUUAAUGCUAAUCACUCUCAGUCAUAAAACAAAAGCCUGUUCGUAUUUCAUUUCUUCUUUUUUUUUUUGUUCAGUCAGGCCAGUGGGGAGGUGGGGCACCGGGAUUAAAAAGCCUUGCUUGGCAGAAUGCAACAGUAAUAACAGCUUACGAUCAGUAACCCAACAUAACUGCACCCACACCACCACUCACCCCAUCCACACAUACAUAUGCACACAUAUUUAUUCAAAGCUUUUAAUUCAGUUCAUUACUACUCAGUUUCUCUGAAGCGUUACACAUAAUAGAGAAACUCUGGGUAACAAGGAAGCAAAUCAUCAGCUUCAAACAAAUUACAUCUGUUACAUAUUUUGAGUACUCUUUCUGUCUUUUGAUUUCAAAGUUUAGAAACAUCUCCAUGUUUUUCUCUCUCUCUCCCAUGUGUGUGUGUGUGUAUGUAUAUAUAUAUAUAUAUAUAUAAAAUUAAAAUUAAA